UCUAAUUUGAUCUUCAACCCAACAUUCCUUCCAUUUAAUCCGCCUUUGGUUCUUCAAUUUUGAAGCCAAAUUUUCCAUGGCAACCAACAUUAUGUUUCUAAGAAUUCCAAAUGCGAAUGUCAAUUGUACAAGAAACUUCAUGAACAAGAAACUUCCAUUCCCACAGCUGCUUAAAAUGGAAAAUGGAGCUAAGAAGCAAAGGGAAGCCAUGAACAAAGUUGCAAAUUAUUCGAAUGGCUGCAUGAAAUUGGGUAGAGUAUGGAGAAAAAUUCAAGGGCUAAACAACUGGGAAAACCUAAUGGAACCCUUGGAUUCGCUUCUUCGGGACGAGAUCAUUCGAUAUGGAGAGUUUGUUCUUGCAUGUUACAAGGCAUUUGAUCUUGAUCCCAACUCAAAAAGAUACUUGAACUGCAAGUAUGGCAAAUCAAGCUUAUUGCAAGAGGUUGGUUUGGGAGAUUCAGGUUAUGAAGUAACGAAGUACAUUUACGCAACUCCCGAGAUUAACAUCAUCCCUCCAAUCCAAAACAUGAGUCCCUCAUGUUGUGGGAAAUGGGUUGGCUACAUUGCAGUCUCAAGCGACGAAGAAAGCUUCAAGUUGGGAAGGAGAGAUUUGAUGAUUAGUUUUCGAGGUACGGUAACUAAUCUCGAAUGGUUGGUAAACUUGAUGAGUUCUUUAACUCCAGCUCGUCUUGAUCCUCAUCAUCCUCGCCUCGAUGUUAAGGUGGAGGCGGGUUUCCUCAGCUUGUACACAUCAAAUGAGAAGGAGUUGAAAUUCGGGCUCCCGAGUUGCCGUCAGCAGCUCCUUUCGGAGAUUUCUAGGUUACUAAAUUUGUACAAAGAUGAGGAAAUGAGUAUAACAAUAGCGGGUCAUAGUAUGGGGAGCGCUCUUGCACAUUUACGAGCUUAUGAUAUUUCUGAAUUAGGGCUGAAUAAGGUUGUUAAAAACGAUAGCGCUCGUGUUCCCGUCACGGUUUUCUCGUUUGGAGGGCCGCGGGUCGGGAACUCGGGCUUCAAAAAACGUUUUGAAGAGUUGGGAGUGAAGGUUUUGAGGAUCGUGAAUGCUAAGGAUCCCAUAACGAAACUUCCUGGGGUGUUUUUCAACGAGGGUUUUAAGGUUUUCGCGGAUCGGUACGAUCUCCCUUGGAGCUGUUCAUGUUAUGUUCAUGUGGGAGUUGAAUUGAUGCUUGAUUUCUUCAAGAUGGAUAAUCCAUCUUGUGUUCAUGGUUUGGAAACGUACAUCAACUUGCUCAAAUGUCAUGAUCCGGCAAAAAGCAACAGGGAUUUGGGCAUUAAUGUUCAAAGCAAAGAGCUUAAUAUUGACCAUAAAACAAAGAUUUUAUUGGGGUUUAUGAAUAUUUUAGGACCCAAUCAAGCUCCCAAUAUCAUGAGUCCUAGUUUCCUGUAUUAUUUUCUGUCUCAUAUUCUGAUAUUUUGACGUAUAUAUCUUAGAACUUAAUUUGGAAGAUAGAUUGCAAUUGUAAUAUAAUGC